UGCGCUACGGGACUUGGUACAAACCCCCGAAGACUCCCAAAGAGGCCCUAGCCAUGGGAUACAAGCGAAUGAACGGAAUAUGUCAGAUGGACACUUACCAUGGGUUCUUGUAUGUGCAGUCACAUAAUGAAAAGUCCAGGCUUCUGUUUGAUCUUAACGAUAAAUUGGCUGGGAUACAGACAUCGAUUCCCGGAAACCUGUACGGUUUCAAUGCUAACAAUGAAAGUAUUCGAGUGCCUAGCAAGGAGGUCAUCCCGCCUAUUUUACUCAGUCAGGAGCAGUACAGUCCUGGAGUACAGAUGUACACAAUCACAGCAUACUUCAAGCACCCAAGCCUCAUCUGCAGCCCCUACACACAGCAUGCACACCCGGGCAAGGGCUUGUACAUACAGAUGGGUUACCGUGUCGAUAUACAGUACGAGAAGAUUCCCUUGGAUGCUCAUCAUUUGUCCGAGGAAUGGAAGACCGGGACUUGUCUUCCAAACAUGGGUCAUCUAUACUUCAAGAACUUGUCCAAGGAACUGCCCUGCGAGAGACUCUACCCGGUGUUCCUGAUGUACAAUGAUGAGGGGCAACUUGGAGGGUUUGGCUGGCUUUUCCAGGGAAUUCCCCCUGCAGAAUCUCCCCGUUCGCCUGUUAAAUGGUUCAAGCAUUCUGUUCAGUAUUAUCCUGCAAUAUUUGACGCCACCAUGUUGCCUGCCUGCAUGUACAACCCAGCCUUUCACGUGUUUGGCAUCCACAUCUACCUCCGCAACGAGCACACCAUGACAUGCCCGCGGCCGCAGCUCUCCGACGAAGACCAGGGGGAUCUUGAAGAAGAUAGAACCGAUGACAGAAACGAAGAAGUGACCUUUCGGCCGUUGGCCUCACAAACAGCUACCCACAAUGCAACAGCUAACCCAAUGCCCCCGAAACGCACAGACUCACCUAUGAAUAAUAUCAUAGUUGAUGAUGUCAAAGAGCGAGGUAGCAGCAGCAGCAGUAGUAGUAGCAGCAUCACACAUGUAUCUUUUCUGUAUAUUAUUGUUUCAUGUGUAUUAUCUACUAUUUAUUUAGGAUUCUUUAGCAUAUACUCGUUAAAACAUUUUGAAUAUAUUUCAUCUAGGUAG